ACAGUUGACAUUUUUAUGCUCCCAAGUGUUUAUGAUAAUUGUUUCGAUCUAUCAUGUGAAGGAUGUUUGACAGAGACAGCUAAUGAGACAACACCUUAAGUUAUACGUUAAUUAAGUGAAUUCCCUAAAUAGAAGCUAAUACUAUUUAUGCAGAAUAUCAAAUAGAACUUAAAUUAUACAAGUUUAGAUAUCUUUCUUAAUACAAAUUUUCCACAUUCCAUAAGAUGUAUAGAGUUUAUGUAAAACUAUCGAGCACAACGGCUAAGCAAGUCAUACACUUCGUAAUGGAAUGAAUUUUUGCGUAGUCAUGAAGUGUUUUUAAUAUUUCGUGAAUAAUAUUUCAUUCACAAGCCCAUUCUAAAUCUAGAAGAAAAGCAAUUUAUACGUCUAAUAAAGUUUAUUUAUAACCCCUCGAUGAAAUUGCCAUGCAGUUGAACAAAAUAGACUAAAAUAAUGACUUUUACAAGAUUACCAGAAUACUAUUAUUUCUUUCAGUCAGUAAUGAUAAACAUUAUCAUUAUUUUGAAUCUCAGUUUAUGUUCAUAUUUUUUGUAAACCUACACACGAUCCAAGUAUCCCGAAAUUGAGUGAGUCCUAAGAAUCAACUAGAAGGUAUAAUACAAGCAAUGUGUAUUGAUUUUCGGACAAGAAUGAUAAUUAUUGGUUAUUUCCUUCGUCAAACUAGUAGGUAGUUUGACAGGUACUAGAUAAGUUAUCUAUUCUCUUACACUUAUUAUUGUGAUUGUUAUCGGUUUUUGGUGUGUAAAUAUACUUACGUUCUAGUCAGGCUAGACACGUGUUCUUGAUCUGAGUUGUGUUGACAUCCUGUAGAAUAGACACUGGGAGGUAUCUAGUGUAGAUAUUUGUCUACGGCUAAUUAGCGUCCCAUUUGUGUAGACGAGGAAAACCGAGAGUUAUAACAUAUAUGAAUUAAAAACUAAACUCCUUGUUUUACUACAUAACUGUGAUCCUAUAUGGCACAUGCCUUUUGUGUGUGUGCAAGCAGAUGAGUAUGAAAGAAUCUUAUUUAAUGCGAAUGAGUCAUUUGAGUUGCAUGUAUUUAUAGUAUGAUCGUGAACAAGUUGUUUGUGGUUGCUUCAUGUUGCUGAGUAACAUUUUCAACUAUAACCAUAAAUCAAUGUUUUUAUUUGUAAAUAUAGUUUUAGCUGAUUUGGAACCAGAUGUUAAAGCAUUGGAAUCUUCAGCUUACAGUAGUAUGAUUCCUUUAUUUCAAGCACAAUGUGCUUUAGAAGAAAACUGCUUUCCUCCGAGUGUUUAUAAUUUGAUUAACAGAAAUCGACAUUUAGCGUUGAUGCAUAUGCGUCGUUUAUUGCGUUUUUCUUCAAUUAUACACAAUGUUGGAACUGAUGUCUUUCGUCCACAUGAACCGCCUGAACGAUGGGUAUGGCAUGCAUGCCAUAUGCAUUAUCACAGUAUGAAAGUAUUCUCUUAUUAUAAAGUUAUCAAUGCAAAGCAACAGAUUAUGGCUGUUGGUCAUAAAGCUAGUUUUUGUCUAGAAGAUAAUGCUUGUAAAAAUGGAUAUAAAAAACAUUUUGUUUGUUCAACCACACUAGUAACACGUGGGGAUCAAGCAACUUGGGGUAACAUACAUUUGUCCCAAGCUGUGUUGAUCCCAACCGACUGGAUAUUUCUUGAAUGUGAUCUCAUGAUAUUGGUCUCUUAAAUUAACAUAACCACCCUUAAGCUAUCUCGUCAAUCACCACAAUUGCGCAGUAUUAAAUUGUAAUAUCAAAUCCAUUUUAAUUGAAUCCUUGACUUCGCGACUUUUAAUAUUUAUAAUAACAUAAAUCCCUCACUCAAUAUUUUUAUUGCUAUACUAUACAAGGUAUUAGUCCUGGAUGCCAAGAUAAUUAUUUCCACGAUUAUGAUUGUCAAUGGUUAGAUAUUACCGAUCUAAUUCCAGGUGAAUAUACAUUUCAAUUGAUUUUAAAUCCAGACUUCUUAGUACCCGAAAUUACUUACAAGAACAAUGCCAUAGAAUGUCGUCUAUCUAUAGGACAUACAAAUCAUCAUUAUGCCGCAUUAUCAAAGUGCCAUUUGGUACAUCCGUAUGAUUUGUGAAAAUUCACAAUUGCACACGGUCACAUACAUAAACAUAUCAGUUUUACUUUGAAAAAACAUCAUAUAAACUAGAUACAUUUAUUAUCCUGUAAUCACAUUAUAAUAUUGAUUCACAUGCAUCAUUGGUUAUGCACCAUGGACAUUUAUAUUAUCAGUAGAAAAUUAAUAAAAUUAUAUCAAGUG